AUGGGUUGUACCAACACCAAAGAGAAACGAGGCGGUAGCUCUCACUGUGGAGGCGAAAUAAGUGGAGGGGGCGCCGGGGAGUUUAGCAGCCUUGCCAAGGAGAACCCUGUUGCCGCAAAGCUAAAGGAAGAGUGGUCCGCCUUUGUGCGUUCUCUGUCUACUUCGGCCCCUUCAGAUACGCGACGAGAAGUCUGGGCGAAUGCAGCAACUAACCCCCUGACACAUCGCUCCGUUGACAGGGUCGGAAAGCUUUUCUUGAUGUACGUGCGAGACGAGCUCACAAUUCGCGAGUGGGGUGGCAAUUUUGAUUAUACCGUCGUUGGAUUGGAAAACCAAGGCUUCCUCAGGGCCACCGCCACUGUUGAGGCCAGAAUUGGAGCUGAACGUCCAAAGGAGGCGGUGUGGGAGGUGAAGGUGCACUAUCACAGUACAGCGAAACCGCAAUGA